AUGUGGAUCACUCUGUAUAUUUGUAUAUGCCUGUUCUUAAACUGUAUUUCUUCAGCUGUAAUCGCUGACCCGGCUACCUGUCAGCUCCAGGGACAUUUUAAACUGAAUGGAGUGUACCAGGAUGGAGAUCUUAUACUCGGAGGCCUGUUUGAGGUUCACUUUUUCACAGUGUUUCCAGAUCUGAGCUUCACAACUGAGCCAGAACCACCGUACUGUGAGAAAUUUGAUAUGGAAAGUUUCCAGCAGGCGCAGACUAUGAUUUUUGCUAUAGAAGAAAUCAAUAAGAAUCCCAACUUGCUGGCUAACAUCACUCUUGGUUAUCAUCUGCAUGACAACUGUGUUAUGUUGGGAAUGGCGUUCCGGGCUGCCAUAGCUUUGGUCAGUGGGACAGAAGAAUCCUUCUCCAACCUAGACUGUACUGGACCACCACCAGUCAUCGGAAUUGUGGGAGAUCCAGGAUCCACUCCAUCGAUUGCCAUCUCCAGUGUGCUGGGGCUGUUUCGAGUACCUUUAGUUAGCCACUAUGCCACCUGCUCCUGUUUGAGUGACAGAAAAAAGUACCCGUCAUUCUUCAGAACUAUCCCCAGUGAUGCCUUCCAGGUGAGGGCUAUGAUGCAGAUCUUGACACAUUUUGGAUGGACAUGGGUCGGUCUUCUUUACAGUGAUGAUGAUUAUGGAAAAUAUGCCGCUCAGUCCUUCCAUCAGGAGAUGCAGUUGUUUGGAGGCUGUGUGGCAUUUUCUGAAAUUCUGCCUCAUGAUAACAACCGCAGGGAUAUUCUGCGCAUAGUGGACGUGAUUCAGGCAUCUACCGCUAAAGUGGUGGUUGUUUUUUCUACUUCUUCAUAUCUGAUGCCCUUAAUGGAUGAGGUAGUGAUGCAAAACAUGACAGACUUGCAGUGGAUUGCAAGUGAAGCUUGGGCCACUUCUCCUGUGUUUCACUCUCAGCGUUUCCUGCCCUUUCUAGGGGGCACACUGGGCAUCGCCAUCAGACGUGGAGAAAUCCAGGGACUUCAUGACUUUUUGUUCCGCCUUCGGCCCAGUAAUGACCCAAGGAAUAACAUGUUGAGAAUUUUCUGGGAGAAUAUGUUUGAUUGUAGUUUUGAGACAGGAGGCAGAGAGAUAAACGGAGAGCAAUUUAAAAAGGUCUGUUCAGGAGAGGAAGAUUUAUACAGCACAAAUACAGUGUACACUGAUGUUUCAGGGGUGAGACCAGCCUAUAAUGUGUAUAAGGCAGUUUAUGCUCUGGCACAUGCACUUCAUGAUCUGAUGCAGUGUGAGGAGGGGAGAGGACCAUUCAGUGAAAAUACAUGUGCUGACAAAAAUGAUCUGAAGCCAUGGCAGCUGGUCCAUUAUCUACAGAAAGUGAACUUCACCACAGGUUUUGGGGACCGUGUGUCAUUUGAUGAGAAUGGAGAUGCUCUGGCCAUCUAUGAUGUGAUGAACUGGCAGCCGAGCUCUGAUGGGUCAAUAAAGGUUUACACAGUCGGUGUGGUGGAUGAAGGGGCAGCUACGGGGAAAGUGCUCACACUGUAUGAAGAUGAAUUAUACUGGAACUCUGAUACAAGAAAACCUCCACGGUCUGUGUGUAGUGAGAGCUGCCCUCCAGGCACCAGACGAGCCAGAAGAAAGGGCCUUCCUGUCUGCUGCUUUGACUGCCUGCCAUGUGCAGAUGGAGAGAUUUCUAACACAACAGAUGCAAAUGAGUGCACAGUGUGUCCAGAUGAGUUCUGGUCCAAUCCAGAAAAGAAUCGCUGUGUCCCAAAGGAAGUGGAGUAUCUGUCCUAUGAGGAACCUCUGGGCAUCUCUCUGACCACUGCUUCACUACUCGGCACCUGCUUCUGUGCUCUUGUGAUGAUCAUCUUCGUUCAUCACCGUAACACUCCUAUAGUGCGCGCCAAUAAUUCAGAGCUCAGCUUCCUGCUGCUGCUGUCACUCAAACUGUGUUUUCUGUGUGUGCUGCUGUUUAUUGGUCGUCCACAGUUGUGGACGUGUCAGUUAAGACAUGCUGUGUUUGGCAUUAGUUUUGUUCUGUGCGUCUCCAGUAUUCUGGUCAAGACUAUGGUGGUAAUAGCCGUGUUCAAGUCAUCUCGACCAGAAGGUAAAAGUGCAAUGAAAUGGUUUGGAGCAGCUCAACAAAGAGGCACAGUAUUAGUCCUCACUGCCCUUCAGGUGGUGAUUUGUGCAGUCUGGCUAUCAAAUGCUUCUCCAACACCCCAUAAAAACACCCAGUAUAUCAGGUCUAAAAUAGUGUAUGAAUGUGCUGUUGGUUCAGUGGUUGGAUUUGCUAUGCUGCUGGGAUAUAUCGGACUUUUGGCAGCUAUAAGCUUUCUGUUAGCCUUUCUGGCAAGAAACCUUCCUGAUCAUUUUAAUGAGGCCAAGUUUAUAACCUUCAGCAUGUUGAUAUUCUGUGCUGUGUGGAUCGCAUUUGUUCCAGCAUAUGUCAGCUCACCAGGGAAAUAUGCAGUGGCUGUGGAGAUUUUUGCCAUCCUGGCUUCUAGUUUUGGAUUACUGGUGGCUAUAUUUGCCCCAAAGUGCUACAUCAUCCUUUUACGUCCAGAGAGAAACACCAAAAAAGCCUUAAUGGGGAGAGGCACAGAAAAGAAAUAG